AUGGCGCCAUAAGAGCAAUAAGAAUAAAGAGUAUCAUCUGAUGCUCAAUCCAUCAAAGAUUUACUGAAAUAUGUUGAACCAAAAGCCAGUUAUCUAAAUAAUGUACAUAUCCGCGCGAUAUAUCGGAUAUAUCGAAAAAUAUAAUUAGAAAUGGAACAUUUGUUAGUAACGGAAGCUGUUGGAGAACAAGAGAGAUUUGUGACAACUGGUUGUUCAAACUUGGACGCGAUAUUAAAGGGCGGCAUACCCUGUCGUGGUAUCACGCAGUUUUACGGUGCAGCUGGUACUGGGAAAACGCAAUUGGCCUUGCAGUUGUGCCUUACCGUCCAAUCGCCGGUGACCGUGGGCGGUCUCGAAGCUGGUGCCAUAUACAUUUGUACAGAGGCUCUUUUUCCGUCAAGGCGGUUGCAGCAGUUGAUAGAGAAUUCUGAAAUAGCCAAAACUUAUUCUGUGAAUGGAGAUGUAAUAUUUGUGGACCAUAUAUCUACCAUUGAUGAAUUGGAAUAUUGCCUGUAUCACAAGGUUCCAGCACUGAUGAAAGCUCGUAAAAUAGGAUUACUAAUCAUUGAUUCGAUAGCUGCUCCUUACAGAGUGGAGGAUUGGGAGGAUCCAUUAAGGGGCAAAAGUUUAAGAAAAGUUGGAAGACAAUUGCAUGAAUUAGGUAAAAAUGGUGACUUGUGUGUAAUCUGCAUCAAUCAGGUCUCUGCAAUUAUAAAUAGCAAUAUUAUUUCUGAUUAUGUGGAUGAGCAGCCAGCUCUAGGACUUACGUGGUUAAGCAUGAUUACCUCUUCUAUACGUUUUUAUAGAAGAAAUUCCACACGAUACGCUUGCAUAAUGCUAGCCUCACACUUGCCAAGGAUUACCUUCAAUUUUGAAGUUAAUAGAUCUGGAGUUAAGGCAAUUAAAUAAAUCUCUAUGAUGCUUUAACAAAACUCUCUAUUUUAUUCCAUUAAUUUGUAUAUGUCGCGAAAUAUAUUCUCAUCCAAAAUCUUUGUUAUAUUUGUCGCCUUAUAAUCGGAUAAUACAGAGACAUCAAACGGA